AGAUCUGUAUAGCGAUGCAGCGCGUAUGGAUGUGAGAGGUGCAGCAUUCGCUCGAGAGCAUCAAAGGCGCAGCAUCUUCAUCUGACGCACGCGUAAAAAUGGCAUUGCGCAUUUAAAGCUCGACUUUGGAGAGCAUCACACCAGGAAUACAGGACCAUUAUUGUUUUCUAAAGACCGUAAACAGGACACAAGCCUGGAAAUCAACGGUGGACAGUGGGGGGAUUUUGGGGACAGUCAUGGCGGGGGUGGGAGCCAGGGGGAGAAGGACGGGACUCCCGGGGUUCUGUUGGAAAACAUGCUAUUUCCACAUCCUAUUCUGGGUCGUGUCUGUUUGUGGAGAAGAGAGGACAUUUAUCGUUGAGACGUGGCUGAAGAACUAUGGCUACCUGCUCCCUCUUGACAUCCGAACAUCGGACCUGCGAUCGGAGAAAGCCAUGCAGUCUGCAGUCGCUGCCAUGCAGCGGUUUUAUGGCAUUCCAGUAACAGGAGUCCUUGAUCAAACCACCAUCGAGUGGAUGAGAAAACCUCGCUGCGGGGUUCCAGAUCAUCCUCACAUCAGCCGACGCAGGAGAAAUAAACGCUAUGCCCUCACUGGACAAAAAUGGAGGGACAAAAGGAUCACGUACAGCAUACAUAAUUUCACACCUAAAGUUGGGGAGAAAGACACGCAGAGGGCGAUACGUCAAGCCUUCGACGUCUGGCAGACCGUAACCCCGCUGACCUUUCAGGAAGUUGCUUAUUCGGAGAUCAAAAACGAGGGUAAAGAGGCCGAUAUCAUGAUCUUUUUCGCCUCUGGUUUUCACGGUGACAGUUCCCCCUUCGACGGAGAGGGAGGUUUUUUAGCGCAUGCCUAUUUCCCCGGUCCUGGUAUCGGCGGAGACACACACUUUGACUCAGAUGAGCCGUGGACGUUAGGAAACUCCAAUCAUGACGGCAAUGACCUUUUUCUGGUGGCGGUACAUGAGUUAGGACACGCGCUGGGUCUGGAGCAUUCCAACGAUCCCAGUGCCAUCAUGGCUCCUUUCUACCAGUACAUGGAGACGCACAACUUCAAGCUGCCUCUGGACGAUUUACAGGGCAUCCAGAAAAUCUAUGGUAUACCUACAGCCAUGCUGGAGCCCACCCGUCCUCUUCCCACUUUACCUGCACGACGAACACACUCCACCUCAGACAAAAAACAUGACCGGCAUUCCCGCCCCGCUCGCCCGCCCACCGGAGAACGCCCAUCCGGUAACGGCAAACCCAACAUCUGUGAUGGCAACUUUAACACGGUGGCCUUCUUUCGCCGGGAGAUGUUUGUUUUUAAGGAUCGCUGGUUCUGGCGUUUACGAAACAACAAGGUUCAGGAAGGCUAUCCCAUGCUGAUUGAGCAGUUCUGGAAAGGUCUUCCUCCCCGCAUUGACGCUGCUUAUGAGAGAUCAGAUGGCAAAUUUGUAUUCUUUAAAGGAGAUAAAUACUGGAUCUUUAAGGAGGUUACAGCAGAGCCCGGUUACCCUCACAGUCUGGUAGAGAUGGGCAUCGGUUUGCCACGUGAUGGCAUCGACACGGCCUUACGCUGGGAGCCAGUUGGUAAAACCUACUUCUUUAAGGGCGAUCAGUACUGGCGUUACAAUGAAGAAAAGCGCAUCGUUGACCCAGGCUACCCCAAACCCAUCAGUGUAUGGAGGGGCAUCCCGGAUAGUCCACAGGGAGCCUUCAUCAGUCGAGAAGGAUUUUAUACCUACUUCUACAAAGGAAAGGAUUACUGGAAGUUCGAUAACCAGAAGUUAACAGUGGAACCAGGCUACCCCAAAUCAAUCAUCAAAGACUGGAUGGGCUGCGACCAGUCGGAAGUCGAAAAGAACAAAGACCGGCACCUUCCGCACGAUGACGUCGACAUCAUGGUGGCCAUCAACGACGUCCCCAGCACUGUAAACGCCAUUGCCGUGGUCAUCCCGUGCAUACUUUCACUGUGCAUUCUGGUCCUCGUCUACACUAUCUUCCAGUUCAAGAAUAAAAAUGUUCAACAGCACGUCACCUACUACAAACACCCGGUGCAGGAGUGGGUAUGACAGACCGGGAGGCGUUUUGGACCCCAAACGCUUGAGAACCUAUGUGAGGGCUACUAUGCUGAGGUUGGAAAGCAUACGUGACCAGUGCCUGUUUUCCGAACAAUCUUGUCCCGGGACAAUAACAAAGACAAGACAAGAGAAUCAACUCCAGUCGAAACUAAUAUCGCAAUUUUUUAUUGCAUGAGCCCAAGAGAUGAAACUUCUGAGAAGCGUGUGGGUUCGAAUUUUUUGGUCACAGAACCAACGUUUCCAGACCACAAGAUUCUACUGCAGAUCAACAGAUGAAUCCUCAUUGUUCUCAGAAUAAACUUGUAUUUGAAGUAUUAUCAAAGAAACUAAUGAACAAAAAUCAAAUAAAAAUCAAGACUUGAAAAACAAAGUAGGUAGAAAGGCCAUAAAAAAAGAAUACCAAGGAAUUUUACGGAUCAUGCCGUCUUUUAUUCAUGGGGUGAAGGGUUUUACGACUAAUACUCAAAGACGUUUUAAAGGGUUGGGAGGCAUAAAAAAUAAUAAUAGCAACUGUCUUUAUAGCUUCAAUCCGAAUGUUUGUUUGCGAGAUAUUUCUUUCUUUUCACACCUGCCUACGGAUUUCCACAAAGCAGGAAUAAUGUUUGAUUUAUAAUAACUAGGGCAGUCUUAAUACCUCCUCCUACGCUGUACUGUACCGCGCUUCUAUUUUUCUUCUUCGCCGUUUUUAUCCGUCUCUAACAAAGGACGAUCUCUUUUUUUGAUCGGAUUUGGUUUAUAGACAGCAUUCGUAUUACGUUUUAUAGGAGAAUCGUUUGUAACAGCGUUCAAAAGGAAAAUGGAGACAAGCCUUUAGGAUUGCUCUUUUCUGCAAAGUAGGACCGAUUACAAUUUACAUGCAAUGCAUACAUUUUAUUGAUCACAUUUUCUUUUUUUUAUAGUCUUGAUUUCAAUGUAGUGUUUUAAAUAUGUGUGCCAGACAGGACCGUGACUUUAAACAGCACAUCUGAACACGAAAUGAUUUCCGUUGCCUACAGGAGAUGAUCUACUGUAUCCUCACCGAAUGAACAUAAUCUUCUGUGUCUUACGUUAAAGUGACUUCAAUUUCACGUCUUCGAUGUCUGUCGAGUGCUUUUAUUGGUACGACGGUGAAAGGCGUGUUUGACUCGUCUCUGAUCUCAUCUGCUCACUGGAUGGACCUGAGAUGUUAUUGAUAUUUUUGGGUUAACCUGAUAAGGCUUGAGACGCAUAAAUAUAAAAGGUUUGUAGCAUCUUAAUCAAUAUAUUAAGAUGGUAGAGCUGGCGAGACUCCCUUAUAAGGAUUGUCUUUAGCUUUUCUUUAUUCAUCACUAAUACGUUUUUGCCUUAACACAUACACUUUGGUGUAGUACAAUAAGUUUAUUUACCUAUAGGGAAGAAACAAGGCAUUUUAGUUGGACAAGUUUUUUUUUAUUCUGUGUAAAUAUUGUAUGCUUAGUUCAACGGAGCAUUGAUGUGCUAUAGAAACUACCUGCUGUGUUUAUAACGUGUCUGCAAAUACUCUGCCAAUGGUCAUAUUUCUACAGUGAGCCGGAUUCAUUGACGUGAUAUUUGACAGAAGAAAAAGAUGACAUGCUGGAAAUUCGAUUUCGGUAAUACGUUUCAACGAACACAAAUGUUUUCUGAGCAGCCUUCUUGUUGGUCGAGUGAACGUUUUUGGGAACUUUGAGGUUUCGUGUUCGUUGUUGGUUAAGAGAAAAAAAUUAUUGUCUUCCAAAGUGACAUUUCUCCCAGUGUGGUUGUAUGAAUAUGUCUUUAAACAGUCCUUCCAGAAAAACACAGAGUUUUUUUGGUGAUUGUUGCGAGCAAUUUCAUUUAUGCAAAUGAAAUUGCGGGAACUUGCCAAAAUUGCGGUAACUUUCAAAAACUGCGUGAACUCUGCAGCUUUUCAUUGAUGUAACGUCGCAUAAUAACAGUUUUCAACUUUCUGCUAAGAUAUGUAUGACUUUUUGCUACGAAAAUGCGGGGAUUAUGAAAUCAUGCAAGCCCGCAUAUUUUGCGAGCAGAAAUCGGCAAUUUAUGCGGCGUAUUUAAAAAAUGCGGCCCCCGCAUAAAUAUGCAAUCGCAUAAUCGCGUUUUUCUGGAGGGACUGUUUAAAGGGGAAAUAACAUACAGCCGCUGGUUUAAGAGUUAAAACGAAGCACGAUUUCUAUACAAUUGUAUUUACACAGCAAUUCAAGGUACAAUGGUAUGAUCAUGAUAUUAUUAUUGUAUCAUGCCCACAAUGCCAUGGUAAUACCAUCUCCACAAAACCAUGUUUUUUGUAACUACGAUCUUCGGUGUAAUGUUGCCGUUCUUUUGCAUCGGCUAUAUGAUGUUUCCUUAAGAUGUUCGUGGACUUCCCCUUUAAAGGCAUUGUGCCUUGUCUUACAGUCUGCAAUGGCACAUUGAGCUCCUCAAAACUUUCAGACGUUACAUAUUUUAUCAGCGCAUACAUGAAUUGUUUUCCUUGAUUAUAAAUCAAUGCCUUUACUAGCCGUGUUAGCAUUUAUUUCAGUGGACCUGAUUGUCAUGUCAUUUUUGGAUGUGUUGAUGCGAGCAGCUUGGCCGUGGGUAGAAGCUAGAGCAGAUUUUACAUAUUUGUGCCCACUUGGGAAAGACUCGAUGUUAUUGUCUCUCAGAUAAGCAUUUUUAUUAAUCAACUCCUCCGUAUCUAGAGCACCUGCUCGAUCCGACAAGCAAUGUGGCAAUGGAAUCGUCCACUGUCUCGGGUACAGGAGGUUCUGGGUGGGAGUAUUUGAAAUGAAACACACUGUGCUUAACCAGUUGUCUUCCUCGAAUCAGAAGUGUCAAGUGAGCUGGUGUCAAAAACGAUUUGCUCUAAGACAGUGUGGCACGAAGGAGUGUGCGGUUUUAUGUGUUUUUCGCAUUCGAAUGUUCAGCUCUACAUAUAUUUAAGUGACGUGUCGCUAAGAGAGUUGAAGCGUAUUUAUCAAUGUAAGGUAAAAGAAAAAAUACGUGGCAAGGCUGCUUGAAUUCUCUGAAUAGUAUUUGCGGAAACAGAUCUGGGAUGAAGUUGUAGCUAAAUCUAAUGUACGCGAAAACGUGACUAUGUUAUGCGCUGGUGAUUUCGUAUGAACACGUAAGAUGUGAAUCGUACAAAAACGUAUCAUUUUCUGAAACAAGCAAGAAUGUAACUCCUCCUUUAAGGCUGAAGUAUAGUCUAUUUUUUAUGCGAGGGUCCAUGUAUAGUACGCAUAUCGCAUUUUCGUCUGUACACGCACCACCGGUUUUUGAAAUCUUGCAUACUUUGUACGCAUAGCUCGGGUAUGCGCCCACAGUAGUAUGUAGCCCAGGAGAUGCGUUGCAUUUUAUCGCAAUGCGCAUGCGUCGAACGUCUGGUCUGUGUACAAGUAUGAGUCACAUAAUUCAAAUAUACUUUGCAAGGCUGUGCGUUCGACCAUGCAAGUACUUUUGGGUACUUUUGCGUAUACUCCGGCCUUACUAUACUAGCAGAUCGUACUAAAAAAUACGUACAAAUGAGGUCAUACGAAUGAACCACCUCGUAAAAUAGUAAAAAAAUUACCAUGAGAUUGUCUAAGAUUGUGGUCCGCACACAUCAUUUUCUUUUUGAAAUUAAACUGCACUAUCACCACAUUUUUAUUUACCGGUACACACUUUUGGACCAUUCCAUAGGAAUUUUACAGACAUAUAGAUCACUAAGCAAGCCAGUAUUAUGUGUAUAUAUGAACACAGUUUAAACUUUAAACAAACCUAUGUCAGAAGUGAAAUGUUUAACAGAACUAAAGUGUAUUUAUCAAAGGUGGAUAUCUUUAGAGACGUUUGUUGUAGGGUCAUGUGAAAGGUUUGUAAUGCUAGAGGCGUACAGUAUCAUAUGAAAAGCUAUUUAUUUAUCAUUAAUAGAGACGUAAGGGUAUUCGACACAGUUUAAUUUAAAAUCAAGGUGAAGCCAUGCCUAUAACCACAUUAGUUGCACAGAAGAAAUAAAUAAAUGAACCGAACUGUACAGGGAGACAUAAAUAAUAGGAAUUCUCUGGUAAUUUGCCUCUUUUUAAUGGGUACGAUUGUGGCUUUGGACAACAGUCACUUUUAACCCAAGCUGCUGUUGCCUUUUGUUUUUACUGUACUUUUAUGAAACUAACAAUAGGACAAACAUAUCAGAGGUAUAGUGAAGGACCCAACUGUAUUUACGCUUUCGAUUACAGCGGGUUAAUUUUAAACGGAGAUUUUAUCAAAGAUAGCUUUAAAGUUUUUUUGGUUCGUUUUUUCUUGACUGACCGUUGCGGGAAUUGUAUUACUGUAUAUAAUUGUUUUUCCCUUUGACAGAAUUGAAGAGUGAAAAGUUUCACUCUAUAAUUUGAAUCAAACUAUUCUGAUUCUGUCCUUUUUGAUAUUUUUCUGAUUUGCAGGUAAAAUGUCGCAGUCUGCUCAGAUUUUGUCCAAGUUUUAAUGGUCAUGUAAAUAUAAAGAUUUCCUGAAACUUUUUGAAAUUCAAUCUUUUGUAUUUUUCUUUCACUCUAACUGUAGCCAAUAAUUUCACAUUGUCAUGCAUAAUGUUAUAUUUCUUCAGGACAAGUGAUUUUAAACAGACUUGCUUUACUAAUAUUAGAUAUUAUUUAAGCUUUAUUGGUUGAAACUGUUUUUAACGCUAUAAACAAUGGGUCAUUUUUGUUUUCGGUUUUUAGUCUACAGUUUUACACUGUGUAUCUAAUACCACCAUGUUCAAAGAAAAAUGUCAAUAAAAUAAAAUUACAUAAA